AUGCAGCAGGAUCGCAAGCGCAAGAUUCCGUUUGUGGAAUUGAAGAGCGAUUUGAUUAUUUACAAUGGCUCCCGGUUUUACAACGAUCAUACGCAUCCAGAGUAUUCGACGGGUGAGUGUGUGCGUUUGUUUGAGCUUGUGGCACAGGAUAAGGCGGGGGAGCGUAUUGUGGAUAUUUGCGCGCAGCGGCGCACGGAGAUGCUGGAUCGGGGCGUUGUGCGGAUGUACAAGAAUAAUACGGAUUUUGAGGGGCAUAGCUAUGGGUGUCACGAGAAUUAUUUGAUGGAUCGCUCGGUGCCUUUCGAGCGUAUAUUGGAGGGGUUGUUGCCGUUUUUUGCAACGCGCCAGAUUUUUUGCGGUGCUGGCAAGGUGGGUGUUGAGCGGGAUGAUCGCGCACCGAUUUAUCAGUUGUCGCAACGCGCGGAGUUUUUUGAGGUGAUCGCGAGUGUAGAUACGAUGCACAAGCGUCCUGUUGUCAAUACACGCGAUGAACCCCACGCAGAUGCGGCGCGCUAUCGCCGGUUGCAUGUGAUUGUGGGCGAUUCGAAUAUGUCGGAGUAUGCGACGGCACUAAAAGUUGGUACGACUGCGAUGGUGCUGAAUCUUUUGGAGCGCAAAAUUUUUCCCCAGGAUAUGGGGCUGGGUGAUCCGGUGUGGGCGCUGAAGGAGAUUUCGCGCGAUCCGACACAUAAGUGGAUUUUGGACCGACAAAAUGGUCGCACGAUUUCGGCAAUUGAUAUUCAGCGCAGCUAUUUGGACCUGGCACAACGCCAUUUGAGGGGGUUGGAUGAGGAGUCGGAUUGGGUGCUAUAUGAGUGGGAGCGCACGCUCGAUGAUCUGGAGUCCGAUCCGAUGCAGUUGACAGAUCGUGUGGAUUGGGUGGCUAAGAAGUGGUUGUUGGAUGCGUUUCGCGAGUCGGAGAAUUUGAGUUGGGACGAUCCGUGGUUGCAGAGUUUGGAUCUGGAGUAUCACAAUAUUGAUCCCAAUCGCGGGUUGUAUUUUGAUCUGGUGCAGCAAGGUAAGAUGCAGCGGGUGCUGACGGAUGAGCGCGUUGAACGGGCUUGUGGGACGCCUCCGGCUGAUACGCGGGCAAAGGCGCGGGCGGCGAUGGUGAGGACGUUGUCAAAAAAUCGGGUGCGGUAUAUUGUGGAUUGGGAUUCGGUGUAUUUGGAAAAUGAAUUCCAUUUGAGUUUACGCGAUCCGUUUGAUACGUAUGACAAGGAGGUCGAGGCAUUUGACGAGGAGGUCGAGGUCGUGUCGAAGAUGAUGGGUUUGAGACGAAGUGGAAAAUAA